AAUCGGGGCGCGGGUCACGGCGCAGGCGCGCUGGGGAGGGAGGGCUAUGCUAAUGUUGUUGAUAUCCUGGGGCCACCUGAGUUAAAGGGGGGAAAUCCGGGGGCUGCCGCAGCUGCCACCGGUCUGAGCCCAGCCGGGGGCGCCUAUAGUCGCCGCAGUCCCGGGGAGAGGCGCCUGCCCCCCUCUCAGGGAGGGGGCGCUGCGGGCUCGGGUAGCACGGACAUCCCCUACCCAUGAGGCCCUGAUGGAAAACACAAAGGAUCUGAGUCGGAAGAAACAUUAGAGGUCACCCACCCCACGCAGCCGUCCCCUCUGCAGCCUCUGACAAGUGCUUUUCAGGUUCAUAUUAAAGGAGUCCUAACUUUCUUCUGAAGAACUGAAAGUCCAUUCAUGUGAACUAUUUUAUUUUAUCAUACAUCCUUCCUGUGUGACAGAACAUUCUUCACGAUCUGAGAGGAGGAGAAGAGACGUGUUCGGGAUGUUCGACGGCUAUGAUAGCUGCAGUGAGGACACGAGUAGCAGCUCCAGCUCUGAAGAGAGUGAAGAAGAAGUUGCCCCUUUACCCUCCAGCCUCCCGAUCAUCAAGAACAAUGGACAGGUGUACACAUACCCAGAUGGCAAGUCUGGCAUGGCCACCUGCGAGAUGUGUGGGAUGGUCGGUGUGCGAGAUGCCUUUUACUCUAAAACAAAACGUUUCUGCAGUGUCUCGUGUUCACGAAGUUACUCGUCUAACUCCAAGAAGGCAAGCAUUUUGGCCAGACUUCAGGUAACGGGUAAGCCUCCAACAAAGAAAGCGAAAGUUCUUCAGAAACAACCUUUAGUUGCUAAACUAGCUGCCUACGCUCAGUAUCAAGCUACCUUACAAAAUCAAGCAAAGACGAAAGCAGCAGUCUCCAUGGAAGGGUUCAGCUGGGGUAACUACAUCAAUAGCAAUAGCUUUCUAGCAGCUCCAGUUACCUGUUUUAAACAUGCACCAAUGGGGACCUGCUGGGGUGACAUCUCAGAGCAUGUGAGAGUGGAAGUUCCCAACACAGACUGCAGCCUGCCUACCAAGGUCUUCUGGAUUGCUGGGAUUAUAAAGUUAGCAGGUUACAACGCUCUCUUAAGAUAUGAAGGAUUUGAAAAUGACUCUGGUCUGGACUUCUGGUGCAAUAUAUGUGGUUCGGAUAUCCAUCCAGUUGGGUGGUGUGCAGCCAGUGGGAAACCUCUUGUUCCUCCUAGAACUAUUCAGCAUAAAUAUACAAACUGGAAAGCUUUUCUAGUAAAAAGACUUACUGGUGCCAAAACACUUCCUCCUGACUUCUCACAAAAGGUUUCAGAGAGUAUGCAGUAUCCUUUCAAGCCUUGCAUGAGAGUAGAAGUGGUUGACAAGAGACAUCUGUGUCGAACACGAGUAGCAGUGGUGGAAAGUGUCAUCGGAGGGAGAUUGAGACUGGUGUAUGAAGAGAGCGAAGACAGGACAGACGACUUCUGGUGCCAUAUGCAUAGCCCCUUAAUCCACCACAUUGGCUGGUCUCGAAGCAUAGGCCAUCGAUUCAAAAGAUCUGAUAUUACAAAGAAACAGGAUGGACAUUUUGAUACACCACCACAUUUAUUUGCUAAGGUAAAAGAAGUAGACCAGAGUGGAGAAUGGUUCAAGGAAAGAAUGAAAUUGGAGGCUAUAGACCCAUUAAAUCUUUCCACAAUAUGUGUCGCGACCAUUAGAAAGGUGCUGGCUGAUGGAUACCUGAUGAUCGGGAUCGAUGGCUCGGAAGCAGCAGACGGAUCUGACUGGUUCUGUUACCACGCAACCUCCCCUUCCAUUUUCCCCGUUGGUUUCUGUGAAAUUAACAUGAUCGAACUUACCCCGCCCAGAGGUUACACAAAACUUCCUUUUAAAUGGUUUGACUACCUCAGGGAAUCUGGCUCCAUUGCAGCACCAGUAAAACUGUUUAAUAAGGAUGUUCCAAAUCACGGAUUUCGUGUAGGAAUGAAAUUAGAAGCAGUAGACCUCAUGGAGCCACGUUUAAUAUGUGUAGCCACGGUAACGCGAAUUAUUCAUCGUCUCUUGAGGAUCCAUUUUGAUGGAUGGGAAGAAGAGUAUGAUCAGUGGGUAGACUGUGAGUCCCCUGACCUCUAUCCUGUCGGGUGGUGUCAGUUAACUGGAUACCAGCUGCAGCCUCCAGCAUCACAGUCAUCAAGAGAAAGCCAAUCAGCUUCAUCAAAGCAGAAGAAAAAGGCUAAGUCCCAGCAAUACAAAGGACAUAAGAAAAAGAGGAAGAUGCCAGUUGGGAAGAAGCCUGUCAGUUUGUCGAGCCUGCCCAUGACAGGUGGGGUGCGGAGGAGCUUCUCUGGGGACGAAGAGUUGACUCCUCCAUACCGAGCCCUGCCGGCACAGACAGCCCCAGAGGCCUUCCCGCCUCCCAGCACUAGCCGAGAGUUCAGGCCCAGCCUCAAAACAGGUAACGAGUCGCCCGGCACCGCAGGUACUGCACAGGGUCCAUGCUGGGCAGGGUGGCGGGCACAGGGCGCACUCUGCUGUGACAGAUGCCGACUCAUUCUAUUUCUCCUCCUUCUCUUCCUAAAUUCAUUCUCACUGGGCCUCGGUAGUCAUUUCACUGAGACAGGUCAUCAGGGGAGCAGUUGAUGGAGUUGCACGGGGCAGCUUGCAGUAUUUCAUGAUUCAUUCAAAUUCCUGACCAUUGUGCAUCGCAGUUUGGCGCAGCCUUACAGGGACAGCUGUGUGGAGGCCUUGGUCCCCGGAUCAGACCCUGACCAGAGGCUUGGUUCCUGACAUUGCUCAGUGUCCCACACGCAGCCAGGGUGUGGUGUCAGCUCUGUGUUCAUAUAGGUUUUGGUGGUAACAUUUACCAUGAUUGUAGCUGAAUAAUCCAGGUGGAGAAGGACAAUAUCUGGAUAAUCUUGGUGUUGAAUUUAGGUGACUUAUUUCUAUAUUUUGCACACUUUCGUGUUUGUAUAUAUAUAGUGAUGCAUGAUAUAAACGACAUUUAAUUGGUUAGGCCAGGGCAGAAGGUUUUUACCCUUUGUGUGUGGCGUUACCUUUUUCUGAGGGGUCAGAAAAGCUUCCCAUCCCUAUGCCGACCAUUGGGCCUGGGUCCAGAUCACAGAGCUGCAAAGCCAAAGUUGUAUCUGCCGGGCAUGUCUGCUUCCUUGUCCCAGCUGCUGAUUUUAAACUACAUUGUGUCAUCUGGCCAGCAUUCUUUAAAAUGUCUUCUGUAUGUUGAAAAUCUAGAGGGAACUUCGUGCCUAGCUGUUUCCUUCUCUGCUGUUUGCUAAUAUUUUGUCACCUGAAGUUACUGACCUCUUUUUUGGGGGGGCGGCGUUUUCAGAGGACAUACUCUUUAGCUUUUGACAUCUGUCACAGUGUGUUAGGGCCAUCUGGCUCCUUCCCGCUCUGUUUUUCUGAUGUCCUUAUAUCCAGAGGAAAUCACAGUGUUUGUUUUACAUGACAAACUGCUUGGGACUGGGAUUACCAAGUUACCUGCCUUUUAGUGGAAAACCCUCAAAGUCUAACUGAAGAGCAUUCUAGCUUCUGGUUUCUGUUUAAUUUUUUUCAUCCGGGUAUUUAUGAAGCAGUCAUCUUUCACCUUUUUAAGUAUGGAUACUAUGAGUUCUGAAUGUUUGAACUUUUGUUGGAUUUUGGAAGUGCAUUUUUGUUAAACAUUAAUUUCGGAGGCGUGUAUCGUGCUUUGUGAGAGGUUCUGAUUCAUGUGAAGCAGAACUUGAUUUCAGAGGUUGGCAGAACCCCCGAGAACCCACAGCGCCUCCUUGCGGGACUUGCUUCUCUCAGGUCCUGUCGCGUCCCCUGCUGGAUGGAAUGAGGUGGGAUUUCACGCUGGUGAAACCACCCAGGGACCGCUUUGCCACCUGAAGGAUCUGAAAGCUACAGUGCUGGGGUUUAGCUGUUCUUCAUUAUUAAUGGACUGUGUAGUUGGGAAAAUGUCGUUUCGGUUAGUUUAUCUCCUGAAGUGUUAGUGCUUAGUGUCAUUAAGUGACUUCCUUUUUAGGACAGAGCUCAGAAAAUGCCUUUGUGUAGAGAGGGAGCUGCAGCCAGAGGCUCUGUUGUGUUUCAUCCAUCAUUCACAGAGGAUGAGGCCUGGGGAGAAAGGGUUGGUGGGAACAUCCUGGACAAGCCUUAUCUCAGAGUCCAUGGGAACACUGAAACUGCAUGAAAACAUUGCACAUCUGAGUGAAUGUUUCACCUGUAUCUUGAGCGAUCUUUCAAGCACAUCAUUUCCAUAUUUUAACAUGGUUAGAAGCCUAGUCCAGAAGUGUGUCGUCAGCGAUAAAUGCACAAAGCUUCAGGGUGUGCCUUAGAAACUCGGCCUCUCUCUCUGCUAAGACCCCGUUUGAAUGGCACAUGCUUGACUGGAAGCAGAGUGAUUCCCAUUCAUUGAGCCAUCUGAUCAUCCUAACGGGACACGGUUCAACCAACCUUUUAUUGUGGGUACUGCACCUUUAAUGAAACAGGGGCUUUGUUUCCAUGUGUUUAUUGUAGUGCUGGCGUUAAAAUGAUCUUAAUGCUUAAUGCAUGUUGUCUAGAUUAGAAGGAUAACUUAUACAUUUGAUACUGUUCACUGUAACAGCAUUGUUAACUAUAUUAAUUUUUUUUGUUUUCGUUUUUGGUACUGGGGAUCGAACUCGGGUCCUUGCACUUGUAAGGCAGGUGGCAGAACCACUGAGCUAAAUCCCCUAUGUUAAUUUUUUUUUUUAAACUGCACAAUUUUGCUUUACCUUUCAACAGUCUGAUUAGUUUUUUGUUUUACUGUUUUUAUAUAUGGAGUAUAUUUGCUUUUCUGUCUUUGCACUGUUAAAUUUUCCUCUGCCAAUGCCCAAACUGGUAGCACAAUAAGAUGAAAUUGUCCUUUCUCAAGAGAUUAUCAUAAUAUGAGAGAAGACAGACGAUGUUUUUUUUAAAGUAAUCUGUUGGGCUAGGGAAUAGCUUAGUGGUAGAGCUCUUGCCUGACAUAGCCAAGACCCCGGAUUUGAUCCCUAGCACCACCAAGAAAGAAAAAGCGAGAAAUGAGGCAUUUUUCUGUGACUACUGUUGGGUUUUAAAAGUUGUAAUCACUAAUUAUUGUUCCACAUAGUGCUAUUACUUUUUGAAAAACUUAAAUACCUACUACCCAGGUACAAUUUGAGUCCUAAUUCACCUCGGAAAUAAUUUUUUUUUUUUCAGUGUGGACAGAUCCCAAUUUAUGUCCCACAUGGUCUUCUUAGCCCGUUCCAGGUCCCCUGACAGAUGCCAGAAAGCCCAGAGAGUACCGAACUGUACACACAGAUACCACUUUCCUCCUCCACAUAUAUACCCACGUUCAAAUUUGAUUUAUACAUUGAGCGCAUUAAGAGAUUUUUUUAAAAAAUAAAAGAGAGGGCCGGGGAUUUAGCUCAGUGGUGCCGCUGCCUGCCUUGCAAGCGCAAGGUCCCGAGUUCAAUCCCCGGUACCAAAAAUAAAAAUAAAAGAGAUGAGCAAAAAAAAGCCAGGCAUGGGGGUGUAUACUUGGGCUUGGGGGUAGGAGGACACCAAGAGUUCAAGGAAAUCCUGAACUACGUCAUGAGUUCAAGGCCAGCCUGGAGUACACAGCCAGACCCUGUCUCAAAAAAAAAAAGAGAUUAAUGACAAAAAAUACUUCCAAUUUCGAUCCCUGGUACCAAAAAAAAAAAAAAAUACUUUCAACUACAAUUGAUCGCAGAAAACUGAAAGUGGAGCCAGUAACCAGGGAGGACUAGAGUUUUUGUUGUUGUGGUUCGUUGGUUUGUGUGUUUGUUUUUGGUACCAGGGGUCGAACUCAGGUCCUUGCGCUUGUGAGGCAGGCAAGGACUAGAGUUUUUAAUGGAAAAUACAUAAUAAAAACAAAAAAGUUUACCUUUUGUUUGGAGCCAGAUGCCCGCAGGGAGGCAGGCUGCGCUCCUUCAGGAGUGCUUUUCAGAUUUGUGUCAGAUCUCUCCUUUGAAAUAGUCACUCAGACUUUAAAAGAAAACCAGACUGUAGCACUUCCCCCUCCCCUCCAACUCUGGACCUUGCACUUUCGAGGCAGGGGAUGGAACCACUGAGCUAAAUCCUGGGCCCUGUAGCUCAGUGUAGAGCGCUUUUCUGCCAGGCAGAAGUCCUGGUUCCUGUCUCCAGCACACAGAUCCUUGAAGCAGCGGAGGCCGGAGGCCGAAGCGCAGUUCAGCAAGCUGUGUAAAGCUCGGGGGAGGCUUGGCUCUGCUCCCUGGGGCUAGGUGGCCCUGGGUGCAGGAACACAGAAGGUCACCUCUCUUGCUCUGUAUAGAUCUGAAGCUUCACCAGCUCAGCUGUGGUUGGACACUGACUUUAAGAAAUCCGAACACACGUUGGUGGCUGUUGACAUUAGGCCAAUACCUGGGUGAGAUCAUUUUCAUUAAAAGAAGAGAAUAGGGAGUACCUUUUGAGGGAGAAGCCCUAUGCUCAGGCCUGGAGCAGGGCCGGCUGAGGGCGCUGAGGAGUCAGGCUGUGGGGAACCCCAAGUUGAAAGGGGAUAAAAAUCUCAGGCAUGGCCUAAGAUCACUUUGGGGCCUGGCAAAAUGAAACUUUUUUAAAAAAAAAUUUUUCAGAUAGGGUCUCACUGUAUAGUUCAGGCUGGCCCCUGCCUACACCUCCUAAACAGCUGGGCUGAUCUUUGCUCCCAGAGUCCUGGCCAGCACGACCCCUGUUCCCAGGAUGCAGCCCUUCGGAAGCAGUUCUACGCAGAACAGAGACGCUGAAGUGAAGGGCUGCUGGGCUGUGGGCUCGUGUAGGCAGUGAGCGCUGCUGUCAGCGAUCUCACGGGGAAAGUGAGCAACUUUGGUUUUGUAGAGAGGUUUUGUGUUUUGGUUGUUUUCUGGUUUGGGGGUUUUUGUGUUUGCUGUGGUACUAGGAAUUGAACCCAGGAUCUUGCAUAUGCUGGUCAAGUGCUCUACCUACCACUAAGCUACAUCUGCGGCCCUUGCACUGAUGAUUUUCACAUUUCCAUUGUCAGUACAUUUUUAUUUGAACUAGAGUAACUUCCCAAGUUCCCCAUAAUUUUAGUUCCACUAUGGGACUUUAUUUAAUGUCAGGGGUUUUUUGUUGUUGUUGCUUUUUUGUUUUAUUUUGUUUUUGAGACAAGGUCUCGCUAGGUAGUUCAGGCUGGUCUUGAACUCACUGUGUAUUCCAGGCUGGCCUCAAACUCUUGGUAGUCCUCCCGCCUCAGCCUCCCAAAUUCUGGGAUUACAGGUGUGCACCACCGCACCCGGCUGUCAGUUUUAUUUUUAUAAAUUUAUAUGUGUAUAAUUUAUAUUACCAAUGCUGUUUUAUAUGAUUUAUAAUGUUACACCUGAUAUGAGGCUCAUAUCCUUGUUUCUUCAGGGAGUCUUUACUGUCUGGGCUGGGGUGUGGUUCAGUGGUCCUAGGGUAUUUUCCUUCCUUGAGUGAGACCCUGGGUUCACUCCCUACCUGUGUAAAAUCAAUGAAGGUGUUCUUUGGGAAUAAAGUUAUAUUAUUAAAGUCAUAUUUACUGUUGUUACUUAUUAAGCACUGUACUUUGGAAGCAUGCAGGAAUAUGUCAUUCUUUCUAUAGACAUUGACAUAAAAGUGAAUGCUUAAUCAUAAGAAAAAUUGUAAUGAAUACAGUCGAGUUAGUGAGCACCAUUAUGAGAAGAUUCUGUUGAAGGCAUCCACUGUGCAGUGUCCCAUAUGUCAUGUUGUUCCUUUGCAGAGCCUUCCUUCAUGGUCAGUGUAUUUGAAAAUUAAAGUGAGCUCUGGAGUUACAGCGCAGGGGCAGAGCACUUGCCCAGCUUGCAUGAGGCCCUGGGUUCAGUCUUCAGCACCACAAAAAGAAAAAAAUUGAGCGCUUAUACUUCUGGAGUUUUUUUGUUUUGUUUUUUGCAGUCAAACCCCAGGCCUCGGCGCAUUUGCAGAAGCCACCCCUGAGCUUCCUCCCAGCUUCCCAGGGUUAAUUUUAAGAGUGAGAGAGAACUUGGAGAGGUCUUACUAACUGUGAGGCCGUGUGGGUGUGCAGAGGCUUGGUAACCGCGGUGCAUCUCUCUCUUUCUCUCUCUCUCUCUCUCUCUCUCUCUCUCACAGUGACCACGUUGCAGCUGAAGGAGGAGCUGCUGGAUGGGGAGGAUUAUAACUUCCUCCAGGGAGCGUCUGAUCAGGAAAGCAAUGGCUCUGCCAACUUCUACAUCAAACAAGAGCCCUGAGCCGGCUCAGAAACUGAGGGCGGGAGGGGAAGAAUUUUACACAGAACUGAUUUAUAAUCGAUCCAGCUGUACAGCGGGCUAUUCUACUGGGACAUUUUGCUAAACAGAAAAUUUCAGUUCCGGAUUUUUCAGGUGGGUGGGGAAACUAUUUUAGUCGGGGGGGUAGGGGAAAUUUUUCAAUUUAUAAAGAUGGACAAUUUUUGUGUUGUAUUUGAAGCUUUUGAAAGAAUUUUGUAAUAUUUUCCAAGUUUGGAUUUAUGUGCAUUGUUAACAAGAACUGAAAUUCUAACUUUUUGGUAAGAUUAAAGUUUAGGUAGCAGGAUUGAAGGAAAUGAUUUAAGGAGGAUGUAAUUGUAAAUGCAAAUGAACUGUCAUACAAAUGAACCUUUUUGGUACCUGUUGGGAGACUUUUGGAUUUUAGAAGUUAGGCCAGUCACAUCUCCGGCUUCCUCUGCUGCAGAAAUAUGCAACUGAGGCCCUUGCGGAGGGCCCGGCUCCACACAGACCACGGAAGGGCAUUCGCUCUGCUCGCUGGCGUUUCACUGCAGCCCAUUUUAAAUGUUUGUACAGAAAUGUUUUUCAUUCUGUGAAAAUUUAUUUGGAGUUCUGUAUGAAACUGGAAGAACUCUGGAUACUUUAUAUGUUCUCUUUUCAGUCAGAAAUGAUCCUAACACUAAAGUGUUAAACUGGAAUGGUUGGCAAGAUAUACAGGAUCUCAAUCUCCAUGUUGCGGGGUUGGGAACAUGCAAUAUUGUCCUAAGUUUAUUUUAUUUUCCUUGCUAAAAUACAAUAGCCCCCGGAAGGGAUUCUGAUCAGUUCUCAGCCAUUUCGUCCCAUCCCAUGAGAUAGAAACUGGGUACAACCACACCCCAAAACAGAUGUUUUGUGUCACCAAGAGAAUCAAAGUCAGUUACUCAGAGCCAAACAACUUCAGAUUACAAAAUCAUUCCAGCUCCACUUCUAGCUGUCCUGGAUUUGUUAGAAAACUAAAUUGAAAGAGGACUUAAUUUUCUGAAAAAUUCCACAUACAGAGUAUGAAUUGUCUUUAACUGUCACCAGAAUCUCUUUUUAACAGUAAUAAUUGAUUUGGACCAUUCCAAACAUUCCCUAUUUUAAAAUUCACAUGGCUUCCUUCAAAAAUAGGAUCCAAGGGUAAAUUGGUGAAAGGUUUGCUCUCUGUCUUCUAGCUGUCUACCGCGCUGUGACUGAGAGCUCUAGCGUUUACCAGUGAGGUUCAUAACUAAACUCUCAGGAAUUCACUCAUCUGUUGUAGAAGUGCUUCUGGGUCUUAGCCUGGCCUCCUCCGUUUGCUAACUGUGGCCAUCUCUGGAAUAUAGGCAGGGCAGACUAGGAAUUAAUCAAAAUGAUUAACCUUGACAGUCCUUCCGCCUAUGGAAUGCUUUAAACACUAGAAAGCCCCAGGAGAACAUUUUAGGUAAGAUUUUUGUUUGAAUUUUAAAAUGCAUAGAACGUUAAAAACCAGCAAUUUAUUUUCUAAAAUACUGCUCUACUUUUGGGAAUAAUAGCAUUGGUAAUACGCACAGGUUUACCUCAUUCUAUGCAAGAGGGGUUCAUAACAUAAGGUUUUGUAGCAGCUACUGGAAGUAAAUCGUGUUACUUUAUAGUGUAAGAAUGUAUGGAAUCGCAUGUCACCAUUUCUUAACACUGACUCUUUUCGAGGGCAGAAAUGCAGAUCCCAUCAACGCAAGUUGAUUCUCUGUCAAAUAUAUGUGACUUCAGCUGUAAAAUUACUGGAUAUUUAUCUUCAACAACAUUGCUGAGAGGGACCUACUGUAAAUGUGACGUCCUCGCGCUUCCCAGAUCUUUAGGCCGAGAAGGUUCCAGGCAGAGGGGCAGCGGUCUUUCUUCUCAGGCUCCACGGAUCACACCUAGCUCCCCGCUCCCCCGCUUCUGGGCGCGGCCGGCCAGUGAGCACUGUGUUCUACCUGCACCUUGGGGAUCGGGGCUCUCAGGGGAACCCCAUAAGCCAGGAGGGCUGGGAUUUGGAGCCAGCCAGCCCUGGUAAUUAGCUCUGUGAAAUGCUCAUUUGUAGCCGUGUUUCAUAAGCUUCCAGUUCCACAGCAAAGCCAGGCUCCGAGCGAGCAAGUGAGAGUGAUCCGACCCACCUGCUCCAGCAAGUUCGCUUGCUCGGCCCCUGACCCUGGCUGGCAGGCUGCUGAGGAGGACCCUGCCGGCCCCUCUGCCCACAACCUCGAGCGGAAGUGAAGGCGGCCCUGCCCAGGGCUCUGUCUUAGCCAUAACUCCGACCUACAGCUCUGUAGCCCCUUCCUCUCUUACGGUUCAAAACGUACUGCUGACCUUGGGUUUGUUUUUUGUUAUUUGUUUUCCUGUUAGGAUUACUUGGGGACUUUGGUAGUUUAAAUUCUCUAACCUUUUCCUUGCUGUGUAUGAGGAUAAAGCUAAAGCUGUUAUCAACUUCUUAUUCUACGGAUACUAACACGGGUUUUCAGUGUUUGUUUUAUUAAUUUUGCGUGAUGUGAAUACCCUUUCCCAUCAAUAUUUGUAUUAUGGUGCUAUAUAUUUGGUAAUGAUCCUUUAAUAUUGGGAAGGGAUUUUAAAAAUACUGUGAUUAAACUGGGUUUCUUCCUUUGAUUUUCAUAUUUUAAAUAAAGCCACAGUCAUUUAUACAAAGGAUUAGUAUCUGUCCCUGGGCAUAUCUUUUGAGGACAGAGGUCAAAGUAAACUGCAUAAGGUUUUUACAUCAUUUCUGUAUGUAUUUGAUAUAUAGAUAAUAUCUGUACAAAUUUAAUCUUUUAUUUUCUGGUAACGUGAUCAUUGAGAAAGUGUUUGAAACUUUCUCAUGAAGUGUAUAUAAUGGCGUGAAAAAUUCCUUCAGAGAAAUUUAUGUUCCUUUCAUUUUUACCAAAUUGCAAAUUUUCAGCAUGGAUGUGAAAAGCAUUAAAAUUAUAACUUUGUGUACAAGAUGAAAAUAAUUCACUAAAUUUGCCCUUUUUUACACAAAAUAAAAUGAAAGUUAAGCCGUA